CAUCUGAAGUACUGAAUGCUCGAUGGUUUCGAUAUUUCGGUUGGUUGUGUGGUUACUUUAAUUUAUUGACAAAAAUGUAACACUUCUAUUUUAAAUUGACUAUGUUUUUACAACCGGAAUGAUAUCUGUUUUAUCUACGUUAAGUUAUUUGUGUAAAUAUUGAAGGUGUUUUUAUUCGAGUAAGAACUCGACACAAUAAGCGAAAAUGUCUUCGAAGAGUGAAUUGAAAAAGUUGUCUGAAGAAAGUUUAACAAGACAACCAGAAGAAGUAUUUGAUAUAAUAUGCAAGUUAGGGGAAGGAUCUUAUGGAUCUGUUUACAAAGCACUGCAUAAAGAGAGUGGACAGGUACUUGCCAUUAAGCAAGUGCCUGUUGAUACUGAUUUACAAGAAAUUAUAAAAGAAAUCUCUAUCAUGCAACAGUGUGAUUCUCCAUAUGUUGUUAAAUAUUAUGGAAGCUACUUUAAGAACACUGAUUUAUGGAUUGUAAUGGAAUAUUGUGGAGCUGGAUCUGUGAGUGAUAUUAUGAGGUUAAGAAAAAAAACUCUUCAGGAAGAUGAAAUAGCAACAAUCCUCAGUGAUACCUUAAAAGGUUUAGAAUACCUUCAUCUAAGGAGGAAAAUACAUAGAGAUAUUAAAGCAGGAAAUAUUUUACUCAAUAAUGAAGGACACGCUAAACUAGCUGAUUUUGGAGUAGCAGGACAAUUAACUGAUACAAUGGCAAAACGUAACACGGUUAUAGGAACACCAUUUUGGAUGGCUCCAGAAGUAAUACAAGAAAUUGGAUAUGACUGUGUUGCAGACAUAUGGUCUCUUGGAAUAACUGCUUUAGAAAUGGCAGAAGGCAAGCCACCAUAUGGUGACAUACAUCCAAUGAGAGCAAUAUUUAUGAUACCAACUAAACCACCGCCUAGCUUUAGAGAACCUGAUCAGUGGAGUUCAGAAUUUAUAGACUUUGUCAGUGGGUGCCUUGUUAAAAAUCCAGAAGAAAGAGCUACUGCAACCGAGCUUUUGAACCACGAAUUUAUAGGUAAUGCCAAACAACCGAGUAUCUUGAGUCAAAUGAUCGCAGAAGCACACGAAAUACGGGAGAAACAAAGCGCACAUCGUGCUCACGUUAUCAAUAAUGUGGCAAUCAAGAAUCAAAACCAAGCCGAUGAUUCGGACGAAGAAGACUGCAGUGGAACGAUGAAACCUUUACCAGAGGAUACAGGAACUUUAGUACCGAGUCAUGAUCUUCCGGACACGGGUACGCUUGUUUCUGCCAUGUUGGACCUGGGAACAAUGGUUAUUAAUAGUGAUACCGAUACCGAAGCAACUAUGAAACGACAUAACACGGGUUCAGUAGAAUCUGGAAAGAAAUAUCGGCCAUUAUUUUUAGAUCAUUUUGACAAAAAGGAAGCACCUGAAAUAGGAAAGGGUAACGGACAAAUGCUCGGGACACACAAUCAAGAUACCGAGAAUAAAGUAGAAUUGCGAAGUCCAACAGAAUCUCAAAGGUUUCAAAGUCAUCUACAAUUACAGCUUAAUCAGAUUUCUCAUCCGGUACAAGAACAGCCUCAUAAUAACAUAUCUAAGUUCCAAAAUGUCUUCACAGAACGUGAUUUCGACUUCAUAAACAACCAUAUCCUGCAGCUGAAGUUUCUCUCAUACGAGGAACUGCAGCAACGUAUGGCUAACCUGGACGCGGAGAUGGAAAGAGAGAUCGAUGAGCUACGAAGGAGGUACCAAACGAAGAGGCAACCGAUACUUGACGCAAUGGAUACCAAGCGGAAACGUCAGCAGAACUUCUAACAGUUUGGUUACUUUUUUUAUGCAAAUACGUGUGAUGACGAUAGAUAAAGGGUGUACAGUUGUAUAAAUGAAUAGAUUUUAUUCAUCUCGAUCUUAAUUUCAUCAAAGGGAAGAGCAUUGUCUAGCAGGUCAGGACCCUUACUUGCGAGCUGAGUGUUUAAAGACGGUUCAAACGCAUUUCCUUCUAAAACAAUGUUCUGUCUCUUUGUGAAUCAAGCACGAGUAAUUAAUACUAGCCAAUAGCCUUACGUCACCAAUGUAAAUUAUUUUACAUAAUUUAGGUGAACAAGUAAUCAUCAUACUUAAUUUUUUAUCAUUAUGUUUACACAUUGUUAUGCUAUUCUUAUAGUGAUAUUACGAAUUACGAAAUCCCUUCAGCAUUCUUUAUAAAUUAAAACUAAAGGAGGGAAAUGAAUGCGAGUGAACAUAACGAGUAUGCCAUGUUUGCAAUUUUCUUUUUGACAAAAAGAAGAAGUCGGACAAACGUCCACGUGUAACUGAUAUUCGAUUUUCAUCCAACACUAGUCACCUACUGUAUCUUUUAUUUUAUCCAUAACAUUACAUUAUCAGAAUCAUUGUUCAUACGAAACACGUGCGUAGAGUCAUCUCUAAAAUGUAUGUAUUUAUCUAGACUCGUGAGUUAACGUAUUCGUUUGUUUGUGAAGCAAUUCGAUAUAAGCGAUCAAAUUUAGAACAUACUGAAGAAUUUACUCCUUUACUGCCAUAGGUGUAUUACGCGUUUUUCUACUAACAUAUGAUUAAGUUACAGUAUAUUCAAUUUUUAAGUUUCUUAAACGCAAAUUUGUAAAUUGUUUAAUAAUGUCAUUGUAAUCACCAUGCACGAGUAUGAUAGUGGUGGUAAUAUGUCAAUGAUAAAAUAUUUAAUGAGUUUAACUUACUAAAAUUAGUCUUCCGUACUAGAAUAUAUUUUGAUAUUUCAAUGAUUUGUUAAGUCAGUAUUUAAAUUGUUGCGAUGGGCGUCACAAAACAAGACUUUUAAUGAUUUUUAGAUUUAUUUGAAACUUUUAUAGAAUUGAAACAUUUUUCAUCACAUUUAAAAUUUUAAAAUAGGUGAUCAUUAUUGUUAUCACUUUAUUCACAUGAGCCAUACUUGCGGAAAAGUAACGCGUGUACGUACCGUCAAUAUUAUUGUUACUACACGGUGGAGUAAUUCUUUGCUGACGUUAGGCUAUUUUACAAGUAGCGGAAAUAGAUUUAUAAUACUUAAAUGCUAUAGCCAGAACUGACUUUUUUGUUUAUUUAGGGAGUAACAAUACAGAAUAACAACAUAUUUUUGAUAUAGAAGAUAUGCACAUUAUGAUCGAAAGAGAUUCAAAUAUUAAUUAUUAUAUCCAGUGUUUGUAUGGCCCUACCAUGACGUACAGGAUUAUUCAAACAAUAGCAUUUGAAUUUUUACCACUAAUAAAAAAAUAACUAUACGGAUAAUUAAUUUAUUCCUUAAAGAUUUCCUUGCUGUUUGUAAAGAAACAAAUAGAGCGCACCACACACUGCGACAUACAAUAUAUACGUAUAUUAUGCGUGUUGCAAUAAUCUAACAAAAAAAUGCUCAUGCAGAAUUACACAUUCGAUAGAACAUAAAUACGUUUGUAGUAAAGAAUUUUCUAUGUUCAUCUUCCACAUGUAUCAUCAAAAUGAAAAAAAGAAACGUGCGGAAGUAAUAUUAUAAAAAAAUAGUUAUACAUUUCUAUGUAUUUACCCAUUAUUCAACAUUUAAAAAAAGCUCGAUAAAAAUUUUUUUCUAUAAGGAACAUUAAAUAGUCUAUGAAAUAGAGAUCUAUAAUAUUUACGAAUAUGAUAUACUCAUGUAGACGUCUAUUUCAUAGGACGAUAGCAAACGAUUUCAUUUCUUCGUAUUAGUAAGACACCAUAUCGUUUUAUAUUACAAUUUACAACUAUUCGUUUAGAAUUUGAACUAUUCAAUCAUUUUCUUAUAAAUUGUACCGUUCUUUAUAUGUUUGAGCAAAAUAUACAGACUGAAGGCAGAAAA